CCGGUCGUUCAGCGCAUGCUCAGACCCGAAGACUCUCUAAUCAGUCCGCGCCUGCUCACUUCACCCUCCUGUCCCCCCCCCCCUUCAGCUGGCGGUGUGUCUCUGUUUCUCGUUUUGCGCGUGCGCAACGCCGCCCUCCCAGACCCCCAACCUUGGCCGCAUGCGCGGCUGUGUCCUCGCGCAUGCCUCUUCCCCCACCGCCACACGCUCCAACUCCCGCUACUCAACCGUCUCCUCCAGCGCUUCGACGCAGGCGCAGUGCGCUCCUCGCCGCCGUGGCCGCGUCUCCCGCGGCUUCUGAUUGGACGCGGCCGCGCGCCCCCGGAAGCAGUCUGUGGCGCUGGGUCGGUUGCCCCGGAAGCGGACCGAAGAAGAGGACUACGGUCGGCGGCGGGGGAGGGGGGGAGCGCUUCCCCCCUAAAGCCGGUGAUCCAGUAUCAGACGGUGCGCUACGACAUUCUUCCCCUUUCCAAAGUUUCACGGGAGCGCCUCAACCAGGUGAAGAGGAAGAUCCUUGUGCUGGACCUGGACGAGACGCUGAUCCACUCCCAUCACGACGGAGUCUUGCGGCCCACAGUGAGGCCUGGCACUCCGCCCGACUUCAUCCUUAAGGUUGUCAUAGACAAACAUCCAGUCCGCUUUUUUGUACACAAGAGGCCUCACGUGGACUUUUUCCUAGAAGUGGUGAGCCAGUGGUAUGAGCUGGUGGUCUUCACGGCCAGCAUGGAAAUAUAUGGCUCUGCUGUGGCCGACAAGCUAGACAAUAAUAGGAGCAUCCUCAAGAGGAGAUACUACAGACAGCACUGCACUUUGGAGCUGGGCAGUUACAUCAAAGACCUUUCCGUCGUCCAUAACGACCUGUCCAGCAUAGUCAUCCUGGACAAUUCGCCAGGAGCCUACAGGAGCCAUCCGGAUAACGCAAUACCUAUCAAGUCCUGGUUCAGUGAUCCCAGCGACACGGCACUUCUCAACUUGCUCCCCAUGCUCGAUGCCUUGAGGUUCACAGCUGACGUGCGGUCGGUGCUGAGCCGAAACCUGCACCAGCAUCGCCUUUGGUGACGGUGGCUCCUCCUUUCUUCAGGGCUUGGCCCGCGACCUCUGCCUUAUCCCGCCAUCGUGACCCCCCCGCCUUGGUCGCUUGGACUCUGGCGAACGUGUCCGGACUCAGCCAACCAGGAGGGGAGGAGCUGGGAGUGAGCCGGCCAGCGCCCCGCCCGCCUCUCCCUGCGCCAGCCAGCUGCGCCGCUGACCACCGCCCCGCCCGCCCGCCGGGGGACUGGCCAGGACUCUGCAGGGCAGCAAGCGGGGCUGGCGCCAUUGGCACGAUGGCACCAACUGCUUGGGGGGGGGCAGAUGUACAAGAAAGGGGGUGAAACAAGCCAGCCGCACGGAGGAGUGCGACGGACACUUUGAGACGAGGCUGCGUUUUCUCAUUUUAAUGACCGAGCUCCCUGUACAAAGAUCUUAUUUUCCUUUGUUUUCAUUUCUUCUCCCUCCCCUUACGCUCUUGAUAAAGAGAGAAGCCCUUUCAUCUAAGGCUAUCUAUUUUUUAGAUGAUUGACAGGCCUGGCUUAAUUUCUCCACCACCCCCCAUCCCAAAGUCUUGUCCCCUUUUUUUGUGGAAGUAGGAGUGUCUCUCCCCUUUUUCUCCUCCAUUGGAAUUGUGUUGAGGAGGCCACUCCUUCCGAUCUGCCCCUUGUUUUAUUUUCUUUUUGACUUUUUUGGGGGGCGGGGAGGGAUCGAAUGAUGAGAUAUUAUAGCCUUGAACUGAGGUGGAAAAAAAACAACAACCCAACAACCCUAAA